GACGGGCUGUACUACUACGAACAGGACCUGUGGAAGGAAGAGGACCAGAUCGAGUGCAGCAAGGACGUGGAGAACUUCAAGAAGCUGAACGUGAUCAGUAAAGAUGAGUUUGAAACUCUCACCCCCAAAGUGCCUGUCGAGCCGAACCAGGAAGCCCCUCCGAUUCCCAUGUCAGGUUUGGCCUCAGUGGACAGCGGUGCAGAAUUGGCACGCUCUCUGCCUACGACGGUCCCAGAGUCACCCAGCUCUCACCAGCCCAGAACACCCAAAACGCCUCGCACCCCCGGACGCCAGGACCCGAACAAGACGCCACGCUUCUACCCUGUCAUGAAGGAGAGCGGAAACCUCGAUGGGCAGACGCCGAGGAAGAAGAAAACCAGCCAUAGUUCAAACCCUCCUCAGGAAGCCCACAUCGGCUGGGUGAUGGACUCCCGCGAACACCGGCCGCGCUCUGCCUCCAUCAGCAGCUCCAACGCCUCCCCAUCAGAAGGAGCCCCGCUGACAGGAAGUUACGGCUGCACCCCCCAGUCUCUGCCCAAAUUCUGGCAUCCCUCCCACGAGCUGCUGAGAGACAACGGCUUCACUCAGCAGGGAUACCACAAGUACCGCCGACGGUGCCUGAACGAGAGGAAACGGUUGGGGGUCGGCCAGUCUCAGGAGAUGAACACCCUGUUCCGAUUCUGGUCCUUCUUCCUGAGGGACAACUUCAACAGAAAGAUGUACGAGGAGUUCAAACAGAGUGCGCUGGAAGAUGCCAAAGAAAACAACAGGUACGGUCUGGAGUGCCUCUUCAGAUACUACAGCUACGGUUUGGAGAAGAGAUUCCGGUUAGAUCUGUUCAAGGACUUUCAAGAAGAGACCCUCAGAGACUUUGAGAAAGGUCAGCUGUACGGACUGGAGAAGUUCUGGGCCUUCUUGAAAUACUCUAGGAUGAAGAACCAGCCCAUCGACCCGAAGCUGCAGGAGCACCUCAAUAAAUUCAAGAACCUGGAGGACUUCAGGGUGGUGCCUCCAAUGGAGGGAGGCAGGAGGAGACGCCACUCAUCCUCGGCCGGGGAUGAAGGAAGGCGUCGGCGCCAUCCUUCCAACACUACCUCAAAACCAACGCAGGCCUCUAAAUCCUCUAAUGCCGCAGCUCAACCCGCCGCCGCCACAGCCACACAGAACACACCCAAAGACAGCGCGCAGAAAGCAGCCGCGCCCGCCGCCCGGGCCGAGAAGUCUGAUCCUGGAGCCGGGAAGAAGGAAAGCGCUGCACCAAAUAAAUGAAGCUCCUCUCCUGCAGGUGUGGAGUUUGGAUAGCAGAGAUGCAGAGCGAACGCGGCGGCUGCAGCAGCUCUGGGCUCAGCGUUCGCUCUUUUCAGCAGCAAACAGUUUGGGUAUGAAGAGAGACUGAGCGUGGUUGACUUCAUUUGAUCAUUUUUAUCAUUUCAUUUUUUAAAAUAGCAAAGCAAGCAAAGGCAGAGAGCUUCAUUCUGUGCGCCUCACAGCUCGUCAUAACGUUUACAAAAAAGAAAACUAAACAAAAAAAAUGCAUUCCCUGCAUUUUGCCUUUAUACUCUCUUCUCAAGAUGCCAAAAGUCUUCAACAAGUCUGUUAAUCUCCUCGAUCUGUAAACAGCUCUGGUAUUUAAAGAGCUCUCCACCUGUCACACUGUGGUUCU